GUCGUGGACAGACACAUGUUAUCACCAGUUUUGAUCGGUCUUGCCUGUUUUGGCAUGACCACCGCGUGGUGGGGCCCACCAGUUGGUGGUGGUAGUGGUGGUAGUUUAGGUGGAGGCGGUGGCUGGUGGGUGCCAACAGGAUCUGUUGGCGGCGGAGGUUUUCCCGUUGGAACAACAGGCUCUGGUGGCGGCGGAGGUUUCCCGGGUGGAGGUGGCGGAGGUUUUCCCAUUGGAACAACAGGGUCUGGCGGUGGUGGUGGCGGUUGGGGAACAACGGGAUCCGGUGGCGGUGGAGGUUUUCCUGGUGGAGGUGGCGGAGGUUUGCCCGGUGGUAUCGGUACAACAGGCUCCGGCGCCGGUAGUGGCGGUUGGGGUACAACUGGAUCAGGCGGCGGCGGAGGUUGGCCUGGUGGUGGAGGAAACGGUGGUGGUGGAGGUGGUUGGGGAACAACUGGCUCCGGAGGUGGUGGAGGUGGUUGGGGAACAACGGGAUCAGGUGGCGGUGGAGGCUGGCCUGGUGGAGGUAUCGGCGGAACAACAGGUUCCGGGGGUGGUGGCGGCGGCUGGGGAACAACUGGUUCCGGUGGAGGAGGUGGUGGCUGGGGAACGACCGGUUCGAGCGGCGGCGGCGGUGGCGGUGGUGGUUGGGGAACAGGAAGUUGGCUCACUGGACCUGUUGGCGAUGGCGGAUGGCCUGUAGGGCCAGGUGGAGGUGGAUGGGGGACAACGGGUAUACCGACGACACCAGAACCAGAUCUCAGCUGUGAUGGUAACGGAGGCACUUGCGUCAGUGGACACUGUGACGGCGAGGUGGACGCGAGUUUCGAGUGCGCUACUACCGGGACCUCUUGCUGCCUACCCAACGUUCUUCCGUACGAGUGCGGAGACCCCUACUUAACUAGAAGUGGCCUACUUCCGGUCCUUCAGGGAGGUCAGAGCCGCAUUGUGGGAGGGACGGAAGCAAAGCCACACACGUGGCCAUGGCAGGCAUCCCUCCAGAAGUCGGAUAAAUUUCACUUUUGCGGAGGAUCCUUAAUAGCGGCACAGUGGGUUUUAACCGCAGCACACUGUGUUGAAGGGGUGACCUCAGUGGCGAGGGUAGUGCUUGGGGAACACAACCGAGAGAUAACUGACCCCGGUCGCGAGCAAGUGUUCAAGGCCUCUGUAUUUUCGCACCCGGAGUACAAUAAGGGCGUCGCCAUACCCCACGAUAUCGCUUUGCUGAAGCUGUCGGCGCCGGCGAUCCUUGGUCACCACGUGUUUCCGGCCUGCGUACCGCAAAUUGGCAGGGAGUACAACACGUCCCGUGGUGAUGAGUGUUGGAUCUCCGGUUGGGGUGAUACGAAAGACACUGGAGAUGAAACGAAGCUGAACGAACUGCGUGUUAACAUCACCGCCAAUGACGUCUGUCGUAAGAUGUGGGGCGACUACAUUCUCGAGUCCCAGAUCUGCGUCGGCCUCGGGGAUAUUGGCGCGUGCAACGGUGAUUCCGGUGGCCCCCUGUCGUGUGUCCGAAAGGGCGAGACCUCUUGGGAGUUGGCAGGGGCCACUUCCUGGGGCUACAACGGAUGUCGCCAGGCCAACAAGCCGAACGUCUACACGCGCGUGUCCUCCUUCCGGCCCUGGAUCCUCGCCACCAUCCGCAAAAACAGCUAACACUCCAAUAAUACUGCAAGCACUGAAAACCUGCCAUAAAGUGUCUAAUGUAGAUUUGAUGAAAUGUUUCAUUUUUUCAAGGUGCUUUAGGUUGAUUUAUUUGGAAUUUAUAAUUUGGUUUUAGAUUGGAAAAUAUAUACUGUUUAUUUAACAAACACUUGUAUGUAAAUAAAUAUAUUUAAAUA